GCAGCCGAGGCCCAUAAAUGGCGGGGGAGGCUGGCCGGGAACGCACUGGAGGCUGAGGGGUAACGGCCUUGCCCCGGACUGAGCAGCACCAGAAGCAGCCACGGCCAUGGGGAAGGACCUGAAGGUGAAGAUGCUGGGCAGCAAGGAGAUCUCAGUGCCCCUGAGCGAGUCCAUGACGGUGUCGGAGCUGAAGCGGCGGAUCACCCAGGAGACUGGAGUGCCGGCCUUCCAGCAGCGCCUUGCUGUGCACCCCGGGGGGGCGGCGCUGCUGGAGGGUGUCCGCCUCGUCGACCAGGGCCUGGGGCCGGGAAGCACGGUGGUGCUGCUGGUGCAGAAGUGUGACAGCCUGCUGAGCAUCCUGGUGCGGAACGACAAGGGCCGCAGCAGCGCCUACGAGGUGCUGCUCACCCAGACGGUGGCCCAGCUCAAGCUGCAGGUGUCCCAGCGGGAGGGCCUGCAGCCGGACCUGUUCUGGCUGAGCUUCGAGGACAGGCACAUGGAGGACCAGCACCUGCUGGGGGAGUACGGCCUCCAGCCGCAGUGCACUGUGUACCUGAACCUCCGCCUGCGGGGCGGAGCUGCCGGGACCCAGCCCUGCUAAUAAACGGUUCGGGUCUGGCGGUACCUGAAGGGCAGAGACGUGGUGGCCCAGGAGAGCCUGCUGGACGGUGGCAACAAGGUGGUGAUCGGCGGCUUC